AUGACCCAAUUAAGAUAAGGAGCUAAUAAAUCAAAUAUAAUGAGAGUGUCCAAAAGUUGAAGGCCUUAUUCCAAUGCACAGGUGAGAUGGCACCUGCAACAGAGACGAGCCAGACGACGAAAAAAGGUCAGGGAAAGUGAUCUGCACAUUAUUGUCUUUUCCCUCUGAGCUGAAACAGUAAUAGAUCAGUGAACAGUCAUAUGGGGGAUAUAGUUCUUAUUCGCUUCUGGGACAGGUACCCAGACCUGAAGCAUUAACACUAUGAUCCCCAGUGCACUACAUGAUGUUAUGAUGUGGAAUACCAAAAACCAAAAAUCAUAAAACCUUGACAUUCCACCCUUAUUCCACGUCACUACAUCAUGCUUAAUAUAUAGAAACAAACAAUAAUCAACAAGCAUUAAACACACACACGCAUAUAUAUAUACAUGGAAUUACUGACUGCACAUCAAGUUCCCUUGUGGUACACAUUGAAUGUUCCCAUUUUUCUCCAUCACCCACUAAGUGGACCCAGGUCGUUGGGCAAAAAGAGUACCAUGUAAAGGUUUAUCCUUUCCAGAAGCGGGAAAGACCCAAACUGCUUUUCCCAACAUGCUCUUUACAUGUACUACAGGAACCUUAUCUGCCUGUACAGUAUGUAGGGAGCUGAAUUGGGUAGGAUCAUCGCAAUUGAUAGACCCCAGACUGUUGAACAACUAGGUGGCUUCUGCCAAAUACUUCUGCCAAUGCUUAAAUAUAGAAGGGUGAAAUAAUUCACUCUUGUGUUUCCAGUCCAAGUCUAUUUGAGCCACCUCAAUUUUGGCAGCUCAAUCUACCUGGUGGUUAUUUUGCUGUUCUUCAGUAGCCCUACUCUUGGACACAUGAGCAUCUACAUGGCACACCUUCACAACCAUAUUCUUUGUUCGGGCAGCAAUGUCUUUCCACAGUUCGGCAGCCCAAAUAGGUUUACCCCUUCUUUGCCAGUUAUUUUGCUCCCACUGCUGUAACCACCCCCAUAAGGCAUUUGCCACCAUCCAUGAGUCAGUGUAAAGAUAGAGCAUUGGCCACCUCUCCCGUUCAGCGACAUCUAAGGCCAGUUGGACAGCCUUUACCUCUGCACAUUGCCUUGAUUCUCCUUUCCCUUCAGUGGCCUCUGCAACUUGUCGUGUGGGGCUCCACACAGCAGCUUUCCAUCUGCGAUGCUUUCCCACAAUACGACACAAUCCAUCUGUGAACAGGGCAUAUUUCUUUUCAUUCCCCGGUAGUUCAUUGUAUGGUGGGGCCUCUUUAGCACGUGAUACUUCUUUGCCUUCAGGCCAGUCCAUGAUCAUCUCUAGGAUUCCUGGACGGCUGAGGUUCCCUAUUCGAGCUCAUUCAGAAAUCAGUGCAAUCCACUUACUCCAAGUGGCAUCAGUAGCAUGAUGGGUGGAGGCAACCUUUCCCUUGAACAUCUAGUUCAGCACUGGCAGUCGAGUUGCCAGAAGGAGCUGCAUUUCAGUGCCCAUUACUUCAGAAGCAGCCUGAACCCCCUCAUAUGCAGCCAAGAUCUCCUUCUCAGUUGGAGUGUAGCGCUCUUCAGACCCUCUGUAUGCCCGACUCCAGAAUCCCAGGGGUCGGCCUCGGAUCUCUCCUGAGGCUCUUUGCCACAAACUCCAAGUGGGACCGUUCUCUCCAGCAGCAGUAUAGAGGAUGUUCUUCACAUCCUGUUCCAUCCGUACUGGCCCUAGGGCCACAGCACGGGCUAUCUCCUGCUUAAUCUGCUCAAAAGCCUGCUGCUGCUCAGGACUCCAUGUAAACUCAUUCUUCAUUCAUGUCACAUGAUAAAGGGGCUUACAGUGAGGCUGUAGUUUGGAACAUGCAUUCUCCAAAAGCCCACUACACCCAGAAAAGAUUGUGUCUCUUUCUUAUUAGUCGGCAGAGACAUGGCAGUGAUUUUGUCGAUCACAUCUGUCGGGAUGUGAUCUGGCUGCAGGGAGUGCCUGAGUCUGCUGCUGCUGGGGGACGAUGGGAGGGAUGCCACCUGCGUGAGGUGCGAGCAGGUGGAGGAGCUGCUCAGCCUUGUGGUGGAGCUUAGGGAGGAGGUGGAGAGGUUAAGAUCCAUUAGAGACUGCGAGAGGAAGAUAGACUGGUGGUGUAACUCUCUGUGAGAAACAAGCAGAGAUUGCAACCCCCAGCCUGUAGUGGACUCUCUCCCUUGCCGUAGUCAAACCGAGAGAGCUGACUUGAGAGGAGAGGAGGAAUCCACCUCAGCAACGCAGGCGGUGCCCUUCCCGACCUACCUCGGUUCCUCAGGAGCCUCUAAGUAAUAGGUUUGAAACCCUGGAACUAGAGGGUGAGGAGGCUGAGAAUGAGGUGGAGGAACAGCCUCUGAACUUUGCUAAAGAGAGGCGGUCAGCUCCACGCUUGAAGACCGCCUCUUCCGGUAAAGAAAGGAGGGUGAUAGUUGUAGGUGAUUCCCUUCUAAAAGGAACUGAGGGCCCGAUAUGUUGACCUGACCCCACCCGGAGGGAAGUGUGCUGCCUCCCUAGGGCACGGGUCAGGGACAUCUCUAGAAAGCUGCCUGGGCUUAUUCGCCCGUCUGACUACUACCCCUUAUUGGUAGUUCAGGUUGGCAGUGAUGAUGCUGCCAAGAGAAGCCUAAGGGCUAUCAAGAAUGACUUCAAGGGUCUGGGGAGGGUACUGGAUGGUGCGGGAGUGCAGGUGGUCUUCUCUUCUAUCCCUUCAGUGGUGGGGAAGGACACUGAGAGGAUCAAAAAAACCCUCCUCAUCAAUAAAUGGCUUAGAGGCUGGUGCAGGCACAAGAACUUUGGUUUUUUUGACCAUGGGACAAUUUACUCGGCUCCUGGCAUGAUGGCUGCAGAUGGAGCUCACCUGUCUGCAAGGGGUAAAAGGAUCCUAGCCCAGGAGCUGGCAGGCCUCAUUGAAAGGUCUUUAAACUAGGCAAGAAGGGAGAAGGGGACAAAAUGAGGGCUGCUGAGGUUGUGCGGGUAGUUUGAGGUUCAAAAGUGAACUUGAUGGGUGAUGAGGGUGGAGUUCAAAGGGAUGGAUUGUGGCAGGGGAAUGCUGCUUCCCUGAAGUGUCUGUACACUAAUGCGCGCAGUAUGGGAAAUAAACAGGAAGAGUUGGAGAUCUGCGUGCGGUCGCACGGCUACGAUCUAAUUGCAAUCACGGAGACGUGGUGGGACAGCUCGCGUGACUGGAAUGUUGUCAUGGAGGGCUAUGCGCUUUUUAGGAAAGAUUGGCCUGCGAGGCGGGGUGGUGGAGUUGCUCUUUAUGUGAGAGAGCAGCUAGAAUGUAUUGAACUCCACCUGGGGGAGAGCGGUGUAGCAGUGGAGAGCUUGUGGGUGAGAAUCAAGGGGCGGGCUGGUAUGGCUGACACUGUUGUGGGAGUGUGCUACAGGCCCCCUGAUCAGGAGGAGGAGGUUGAUGAGGCCUUCCACAAACAAUUGGAAGCAGCGUCACGAUCCCAGGCGCUGGUGCUUAUGGGGGACUUCAAUUAUCCAGAUAUUUGCUGGAAAAGCAAUGUGGCCAGGCAUGCGUGGUCUAGACGCUUCCUGCAAUGUGUUGAAGACAACUUUCUGAUGCAGGUGUGUGAGAAUCCUUCUUUGUUUUUCUGGCUCAAAGUUUGCUUCCUUAGGUAUUUUGUUGAGGAGGCAAGUGAUGGAUGUUGUGUGGCAAUCAACAUCGCUGUGUGGACAAUUUUACAUCUUUGGAACUGUUUGCCUUCGGAAGAUAGCGCUCAGGACUGUUUACUGGCAGAAGAUCUAGCCUGUUACCAAAUAACUCCUGUUUGCUAUGGAAGACUGGGGGAUGAUACCAUUGUAUCCUGCGAAGGCAAGAUACAAGUUGGUGCCUCCCUGCUUCCUCUUAUCUGCUGGCAAGGCCAGGAAGAUAAGAACAAAGGAAGUUUCUGCUGAGAUCCCAGAGCCAGAAGCUGCCACUCAAAGGAGAGCUGACUCGACCACUUUGGAUUUGAGCUGUCACUCCAAAGACAGCUGACUCAACUACUUUGAAACUAUUGAAAAAGGGCCAUCAUCGUCAUGGUCGUGCUUCGUCGUGCUUCGUCGUCAUUGUCAACAGGACAACUCUGCCUGACGACCCACCGCUACUGAAGAUCAAAGACUGAACUACGAACCUCGCUGGAUCCAUGGUGGUGACUAUCUCCUUCUUGCUGCCUAUAAAGACUCCUUGCUUCUUCUUUUCUAUCUUUUCUAUCGCUCUCCUUCCCUUUCCCCAUUACCCUAAUUCAUAAUAGUGUCCGUUCUCCCCUUCCCCAUUUCCCCUGAUUAAGAUUUGUAAUAAACUGGUUGGACCAACAUUUGAACCGUUGCUUCUUAAUCUCACGCCGGGUAUAUAGAUAAUAAAAGAACCUCCUCUCUCUCCUAUAAAUUGGAGCGAGACAAGGUGGUGGAGGAAUCGACGAGGAGAGGGGUACUGCUGGACCUUAUUCUCACUAAUAGAGAAGGGCUUGUCAGGGAAGUAAAGGUCGGGGGCAGCAUGGGUUGUAGUGACCACGAGAUGGUGGAGUUCAAGAUCCUGAGUGGAAGAAGUAAAGCAAAAAGUAGGAUUGCUACCCUGGACUUCAGGAGAGCCAAAUUUGACCUCUUCCAGGACCUACUUGGAGCUAUCCCGUGGGCUAGAGUGUUAGAAGGUAAGGGGGCCUGUGAGAACUGGUUGGCAUUUAAGCAGCUCUUCUUCCAAGCUCACGAUCGGUGUGUCCCUGUGAGGAAGAAAUCGGGAAAGGGUGGCAGGAGACCUGUGUGGAUGAGCAAGGAGCUCGUGCUCAAACUCAAGGGAAAGAAGAAGGCCCAUGAAAUGUAGAAAAAGGGUCUGACCACUUGGGAAGAAUACAGGAAUGUUGUCAGGGCCUGCAGGGAUGCGACGAGGAAUACUAAAGCCCGCCUGGAAUUAAAUCUGGCAAAGGGGAUAAAGGAUAAUAAAAAAAGGCUUUUUUUAAGUAUGUUAACAGUAAAAGGAAGACUAGGGAGAAUGUGGCUCCCCUGCUAAGUGACGGGGGUGUUCUGGUAACGGGGGAUGCCGAGAAGGCAGAGAUACUGAAUGCCUUCUUUGCUUCUGUCUUCAGUGAAAAAGCUCCCCCUCGGGAAUCUGAGACCCUGGAGGUUAGUGAGAGGAUCUGGGGAAUGGAAGACCUCCCUUCAGUCAGGGAAGAGGUGGUCCGAGAGCGCCUAGGCAACACCAAUGUUCACAAAUCCAUGGGACCCGAUGGGAUGCAUCCAUGGGAGCUGAGGGAGCUGGCAGAGGUGAUUGUUGAACCGCUUUCUGUUAUCUUUGAGAGGUCUUGGAGGACGGGGGAGGUGCCUGAAGACUGGAGGAUAGCCAAUGUCACUCCGGUCUUCAAAAAGGGCAAGAAGGAAGACCCAGGCAAUUAUAGGCCAGUCAGCCUCACCUCUGUCCCUGGAAAGGUGAUUGUAGUUAACAAAAUACGCAAGUUAGAGAUGUAGUCAACGAAAUACGUAAAGCGGGGGCUGUCAAGGUCACCAGGCGUAACCAGGCGUAAUCUGUGUGGGCCCCCUUGUGUGGUUAGCGAAUACGUGAAAGGGGGGCUGUGGAAGAUAUCAGACUCUGCGGGGGCUCCUUGACUCAUGAGAAACCAUGAUGAGACAUGGCAAAACAAGACAUGCCACACGUCUAGUGGGCACAGAUAACCGUAGCAAGGGUGAUUGGUAGCACUGUGAUAUAAGGGACAACUAUAAGAAGAGUGUGUUGCUUGCAAUAAACUGCAUUUUGCCGCUCACCACAUUGAUGUCAUAAAAGCGUGUGAUUUGGCCGUGGCUGUCUGAGCACUUCACGACGGGACAUUAAUCAGAGGUUGCCGAAGCAAAGGCAACAGGUGAUGGAACAGCUUGUACUGGAUGUCAUCUCCAGACAACUGGAAGAAAAGGAGGUUAUCAGGAGUAGUCAGCACGGGUUCACCAGGGGGAGGUCAUGCUUGACCAAUCUGGUAGCCUUCUAUGAUGUUGUCUCUGGCUGUGUGGAUGGGGGAAGAGCGGUAGAUGUAGUCUAUCUUGAUUUCAGCAAGGCAUUUGAUACUGUCCCCCAUGACAUCCUUAUAACAAAGCUGAAGAAGUGUGGGAUAGACGAGUGGUCAGUGAGGUGGGUUGAAAACAGGCUGACUGGCAGAGCGCAGAGGGUCGUCGUUGGUGGUGCAGAGUCCGGUUGGAGGCCUGUAUCUAGCGGUGUUCCUCAGGGGUCUGUGCUGGGUCCGGUCAUGUUCAACAUCUUCUUCAAUGACCUUGAUGAGGGGAUAAUGGCAAGUUUGCUGAUGAUACGAAGUUGGGAGGAUUGGCUGACAGGCCUGAAGGCUGUGCUGCCAUUCAGCGAGACCUGGACAGGCUGGAGAGCUGGGCAGAAAAAAACCGGAUGAGGUUUAACAAAAGCAAGUGUAGAGUCUUGCAUCUGGGGAGGAAUAAUUGCAUGCACCAGUACAGGUUGGGGGAUGAGCUGCUGGAGAGGAGCUCUGCAGAGAGGGACCUGGGUGUCCUGGUGGACUACAGGUUGGCCAUGAGCCAGCAGUGUGCCCUUGUGGCCAAGAGGGCCAAUGGCAUUCUGGGAUGCAUUAAAAGGAGUGUGGCCAGCAGGUCGAGGGAGGUGAUCCUCCCCCUCUACUCUGCCCUGGUAAGACCUCAUCUGGAGUACUGCGUCCAUUCUGGGCUCCCCAGUACAAAAAAGACAGGGAUCUCUUGGAAAGAGUCCAGCGGAG